AUGCAACAAAAGGAUCAAUUCGGAUCACAAAACAACGUUCAUCCGAUAAGCAACCCGUGCUUCCGUUUAGAAGCGCAGACGUCAGAGCGCACCUCCCAGCAAAAGCUCAGCGCAGCACCUCUUUUCAUCUCUGCUCCUGGUACCAUGGCAACUAGCAAGGAAUUGGUCUUGGUCACUGGUGGAUCUGGCUUUGUCGGCAUACACUGCAUACUCCGGUGCUUGGCUGCCAAUUAUCAAGUGAGGACGACAAUCCGGUCCUUAGGACGCAAAGACUCCGUCCUUCACACGCUUCAGGCAGCAGGUGCCUCAGACCCAGCCAGCGUCUCCUUUGUGGAAGCUGAUCUCACCAAGGACGACGGUUGGGCCGAAGCUGUCCGCGAUUGCACAUAUGUUCUUCACGUCGCGUCUCCGUUUCCUGCCGCGGCGCCAAAACAUGAAGACGAGCUGAUUGUCCCCGCCCGCGAGGGGACCCUGCGCGUCUUACGGGCGGCUCGGGAUGCCGGAGCCAAGCGGGUUGUUGUCACCUCGUCUUUUGCCGCCAUCGGGGGCGGUCAUCGCCAUCGGGACCCGACUCAGGCGUUCACCGAGCACGAUUGGACCCAGGUCGAUGGGCCUGGGGUCGGGGCUUAUGACAAGAGCAAGACACUGGCUGAGCGUGCGGCAUGGGAUUUCAUCGAAAGGGAAGGUGGUGGCCUGGAGAUGGCUGUUGUGAACCCGGUCGCCAUCCUGGGCCCUGUCCUGGGUUCGGAUACCUCCACUUCCAUUGAGAUCAUUAUCCGUCUGCUCAGCGGCGCCGUGCCAGGGUGCCCCCAUCUGGAAUUCGGUAUUGUGGAUGUCAGAGAUGUUGCUGAUCUACAUCUCCUCGCGAUGACCCAUCCCAAAGCCAAGGGGGAACGGUUCCUAUGUAUGGCACCCCCGGCCAUGACAGUCAAAGACAUUGCGGUGACUCUGCGCCAAAGACUGGGCCCCAAAGCACGGAAGGUGCCGACAAACACCAUCCCGAAUUUUGUGAUCAAGUUGCUUGGAUAUUUCAAUCCUGGGAUUGCCCUGGUGGUUCCCCAGUUGGGCGAACGUCGGCCGGGUUCAAACGAGAAGGCUAGAACCCUGCUGGGCUGGACACCGCGCUCGAAUGCUGACGCAGUCAUUGCCACUGCAGAGAGCCUUUUUGAGCUUGGUAUUGUCAAGGUAUGA